CCACAGGGAUGAGUACAGUUUAGUGGGUGCUGGUGUAAAGGACCCUGGACACCCUUGGGAGAGCGUGUGCUUCCACUGCGGGUUGACUGGACGACUAAGAAAACAGCUCUCGGUUCAUUGUAGACACACGAGGGUCUUCCAGGUUGGGAAUUGGGGGCCCAAAGGCACCUCCAGGAUGUCUCAGCUGGUGGAGUGUGUCCCCAACUUCUCUGAGGGGAACAACCAAGAGGUCAUUGAUGCCAUUGCCCAGGCCAUCUCGCAGACUGCAGGCUGCGUCUUACUGGACGUAGAUGCAGGCCCUUCCACCAACCGCACGGUGUACACCUUCGUGGGCACCCCACAAGAUGUCAUGGAAGGGGCUUUGGAGGCUGCUCGAGUGGCCUUCCAGCUCAUUGACAUGACUAAACACAAAGGUGAACAUCCCCGAAUGGGUGCCCUUGAUGUCUGCCCCUUCAUCCCAGUGAAGAACGUCACUAUGGACGAGUGCGUUUUGUGUGCCCACACCUUUGGCCAGAGGCUGUCACAGGAACUCAGGGUGCCAGUUUAUCUGUAUGGGGAAGCAGCUCAGCAGGAGAAGAGGAGAACAUUGCCUGCCAUCCGAGCAGGUGAAUAUGAAGCUCUGCCUGAAAAACUCAAGAAGGCUGAGUGGGCUCCUGAUUUUGGUCCCAGUACCUUUGUACCCAGCUGGGGGGCCACAGUCACAGGGGCCCGGAAGUUCCUCAUCGCGUUCAAUAUCAACCUUAUCUGUACCAAGGAGCAGGCCCACCGGAUUGCUCUGAACAUUCGGGAGCAGGGACGGGGGAAAGACCAGCCUGGGCGGCUGAGAAAGGUUCAGGGCCUAGGCUGGUACCUGGAUGAGAAGAACAUUGCACAGGUGUCCACCAACCUCCUGGAUUUUGAAAUCACUGCCCUCCACACAGUGUACGAGGAAACCUGCAAAGAUGCCCAGGAGCUGAACCUGCCAGUUGUGGGCUCUCAGCUGGUGGGCCUGGUCCCUCUCAAGGCCCUUCUCAACACUGCAGAGUUUUAUUGCAAGAAGGAGAACCUCUUCAUUCUGGAGGAGGAGCACAAAAUCCGCCUGGUGGUGAAUAGGCUGGGCCUGGACUCCCUGUCACCCUUUCAUCCAAAGGAGCGCAUUAUUGAGUACAUGGUUCAGGACGGCGGGAUGAGUGGGGGCCUGGUCUCAAAGUCUCUUUGUGCUUUUGUUUGUGAUGUUGGGGCCCGCUCUGCAGCUCCAGGGGGAGGCUCGGUGGCCGCAGCGGUGGCCGCUAUGGGAGCGGCCCUGGGCUCCAUGGUGGGGCUGAUGACCUACGGAAAGAGACAGUUUGAGCACCUGGACCCAGCCAUGAGGAGGCUCAUCCCGCCUUUUCAUCAAGCAAUGAAAGAGCUGCUUGUCAUGGUGGACACGGACACGGAGGCCUUCAGCGGCUACAUGGAAGCUGUGAAGAUGGCCAAAAACACACCCGAGGAAAAGGAACGGCGCACUGCUGCCAUGCAGGAAGGGCUGAAGAAGGCCAUCGGGGUCCCCUUAGGCCUGGCACAGAAAGUGAAUACCCUGUGGCCGAGUUUGAAGGAGAUGGCACUUUAUGGGAACCUCUCGUGCAGAUCGGACCUUCAGGUGGCUGCCAAAGCUUUAGAAACAGGUGUUUUUGGGGCCUAUUUCAACGUACUCAUCAAUCUAAAGGAUAUAACUGAUGAACGAUUUCGGAAACAGGUGCAUGAAAAAAUUUCUUGCCUCCUGGAGGAAGCUCAGAGCAACACUACCUCUGUGCUGGAGUCCUUGGCAGCUCGAACAGAGUGAAGAGCCUGGCGCCAUCUCGGGGAGAUCAAGCCAACUGGAGCCAUUGCUCCACCCACUCAUUUACCCACUCAUCCACCAACCAAUCCAUCCACCUACUCCUCCACCUAUCCAUCCAUCCAUCCAUCCACCUAUCUAUCCAUCCAUCCAUCUACUCAUCCAUCCAUCCAUCCACCUACUCAUCCAUCCAUUC